UAACGUCCACACAGAUAGAGAGCAGAUGUUCCUAAUGAGGGCUGAUUUGCCUCCAGAGGGCUUAAGUACACCUUACAGUGACGGAAAGUCUGUUGGUGUUUUAGAUAAAUUCUCUUUCGUAGUUCUACCAUGGCGUUUUCUCUGAGAGAUAAUCCCAGAGCCCUUAACCGUUGGGAUUCAGAGACACCAGCCCUGUCCACAUGCAGUAAUGCAGACAUCUUUCGCAGGAUGAACACCAUGCUGGGUAACUCUCUGGACCUCACCGGGGUGUGCACCACUCCCAGUGCCAAGACCAAGCGGGAUUCCUUGUUGGAGCGUGCGGACUCUGAUCUGUGCGCUGUCCGGAGCAAGAUGCUUUUUCCCAGCAAUGGGCAGGAGUCAUCUCGCGCUCUGCCCGAUGUCACUGAGCUGGGCCUGGGCCUGCAGUCCCUCAGCUUAUCUGGUUGGGAGAGGCCAUGGAGCAGCCAUGACUCAGAGUCAUCAGCCCCAAACAGCAACCCCUCAAUGCUCGGGAUGUUGGGAAGCCCACUGGGCCAACUCCUGAAUAAGCCUCAGGGUCUAAUCACGAACGAGCCCAAUACAGGAGCUUCAGACUUCCUAGAGAAGUUUCCAGCCUUGGCACGCAUGAACUCCCGUUCAUUGCUGGGUUCCCAUUCCAGCAGCCCUGUGGACUCUGAGACCAGUGGCUUCAGCUCUGGCUCUGAUCAUCUUUCUGAUCUGCUGUCCUCUUUGAGGAUCUCCCCCUCUGUGCCCUUCAUGCCUAGCAUGCAGAAAGACCCAAUAAAGCUUAGUCUUGGCUCGCGUAUGGAUCAUGACAGUUCUCCCUUGACCCCUCCACCCAGUGCUCCCCCAGGCAGCAGCGUGUCCAGCCGCUGGCCUGGAGCCUCUGUCUGGCCCAACUGGGACCUGCUUGAGACUCCAGAUGGCCCAUUCAGCAUCGAGAGGGAGGCUCGCCUUCACAGACAAGCUGCAGCAAUUAAUGAAGCCACCUUCACAUGGAGCGGCCAGCUUCCAUCCAGAAAUUACAAAAACCCUGUUUACUCCUGCAAGGUCUUCCUCGGAGGAGUUCCUUGGGACAUUACUGAGGCUGGCUUGAUUAACACAUUUAACUGUUAUGGCCCACUGAGUGUGGAGUGGCCUGGUAAGGAUGGCAAGCAUCCUCGCUGCCCUCCUAAAGGUAAUAUGCCCAAAGGUUAUGUGUAUCUGGUGUUUGAGUCGGAGAAGUCUGUGCGUGCUUUGCUGCAGGCCUGCACUCAGGAUCUGCUUCAUCCUGAGGGCUACAGCGAGUACUACUUCAAAAUGUCCAGCAGGAGGAUGCGCUGUAAGGAUGUGCAGGUGAUCCCAUGGGUGAUCUCAGACAGUAACUAUGUCCGCUGCCCUUCUCAGAGGCUAGACCCCAGUAACACAGUGUUUGUAGGAGCUCUGCAUGGCAUGCUCAACGCUGAGGCCCUGGCCAGCAUUAUGAACGACCUGUUUGGAGGAGUCAUGUAUGCUGGGAUCGACACAGACAAGCACAAGUACCCGAUUGGGUCUGGUCGUGUAACCUUUAACAACCAACGCAGUUACCUGAAGGCUGUCAGUGCUGCAUUUGUUGAAAUCAAGACCCCCAAAUUUACAAAAAAGGUUCAGAUCGACCCAUAUCUGGAGGAUUCCAUGUGUCAGGUGUGCAGCCGUCAACCUGGACCCUUCUUCUGCAGAGACCAGGCCUGCUUCAAGUACUACUGUCGCUCGUGCUGGCACUGGCAGCAUUCCAUGGAUAUCCUGAGCAACCACCGCCCUCUAAUGCGCAACCAGAAGAAUAGGGACUCCAGCUAAAGGCCUUGCUUAACAUGGCAACAUCGUGCUCCUGCCUGGACCGCUGCCACCACGCCUCCGGGCCAGCUCCAGCGCCAGGCCUGCGGCAGGCAUCCCCGACAGUGUGGGUUUGCGCAAGCGCUGUAGAAAGUUCACUUUGGCACUUUUUUUUUUUUUGGCUUGUUCACUUUGGCACUUUGCACAGUGAUUUGGGUUGCAGGGGCCCCCACACAUUUUGAAAGUCCCCCUGGAUUUUUGGGGUGAGAAGAAUAAGGCCAUGGUUCAGAAGGGUUUUUUCUCUCUUAAUUGGAAAUUUAAGUUGCUUUUGCUUUUUUUUUUUUUUUUUUUUUUUCUUUCCCUCUCUCCCCACCUUUUCUUUCUUCAUGAACAGUCAUGCAAGUUUCUUUAACUAACCGAAGCCAUACAGUGCCUUUAAAUUGGUUUCUCCUUCCUAGCUGCUUUUCCCAUUGCAGUUAGCUGGGGUUUUUUACUUUAGAACCACAGAUACAUGAAGCCCAACUUUCAUCUUCCAGACAUUUUACGCAGUUAUUUUUUACUAAUUUUUACAUAAAACGGUUUUAAGUCAGGACAAAGAAGAUUGAACAGAAAUCUACCUAUUGGCUUUUUAAUUUUGCUCAGUUUUUUUUCCCUUUCUCCACAACUUUUCUGGAGAGUUUUCUCCCUUGUCCGGCUUUACGUUCAGUGGAACAAGGGAUUUGGGUGUAAUGUUAUCACCAACCCAGAUAAUUUUUAGUGCAUGCCAUCCAGAGGCAUUGCUUUUACUGGGUUGCAUCAAGUUUUUGGAUCAACUCAAUCAGAAAUGUGAAUGGCCAUAGAUUGCACAUAGUUUUAUUGUUGCACUUUUUAAUUUGCACUUUGGAAAGGGGUAGGUUUUUAAUCACUUAUUUUUGAACAUCAGCAGGUAUUGCUAUGGGCAUGACCUCAGAUUAAACAGCUGCUUGUUGAAUGUAAAACUCUAAACUUCACUUGAAUGUACCAUUGGAGCCUUAGUAGACCAAAUGCAGAUGUCACUUUAUUUCCAGCCUCUGGAAUAUCAAAAGAUCAAAGAUUGUGUUUGGAACCUGGAUUGUCAUUUCUCCACAUUGAUUCCUUGCUGAGGCUCUUGAGCCCAGCUGCUUUGUCUUUUAUUCUACCUCAUUGUGGUCUGCUGAGUUUGAGUACUUACAGCUGUGAAGUUCAGUUUUUUUGAUUGGGCACAAUAAAGGUGUUUAAGCAUUCA